AUGUUCGCAAACAUCGCGGCUUUCUUCAUUGUUGUUCUACAAUUACAUGGGCAGUUAAACAUCACAGGAGCAAACAAUGUCGGCCUGGGGAAUCACAUCCUGCAAGAAGGAAAGGUGACGCUUGCGGCAGGCUCGAGGGUUAUUACCAAUAAUGAGGACAUUGAACGGUACAAGGCGAGUUCUGCCGAUGCUUGCGAUGUUAAUUUUGACGUUAACGGGAAUAUACUGCCUUUUGCCUACAGUCUGACAAAUGAGGAAGUCAAGGAAUUCCACAAUGGCCCGCGUUUCGCUAAUGUUUCAUGCGAUAGUUGUAUGGAGGGGUGUGUCGAAAAGACAGGUCUAGAAGUUAGAUGGGCACGUGAUAAAGUUGGAAGCAAGGAAUAUGCUGUGAUUUAUGUAAAUCCAAUUGCCACAAAAAUGGUUUAUUAUGCUGGCAUUAAAAGGGACAUGAGAGAACAAUUUGUGGAAUUGAAACAAAGUUUAGUAAUAAACCAAAAAGGCCCUAAAUUUCACAUCAAAUUUUCAAACAACGGGACAGAGUACAUAUAUACUCGACCAUCUAACUGCAUCGAAAAUCCCAAAGAAAACAUUCUCUCACCUUCAACAUGGGAAAUUGUUGGUACGAGUCCAGAGCCUACAAUGAAUCGUUUGUUGGUUUUUCAUCUUCUUCCACAAAGGGCAACACGAAAAAGGCGCAUGAUGCAAAAUCCUUUUAAUGGGUUUAUUGCAUAUGUUGUGAUAAUAGAACGCCCAACAGGACCAAAAUGUGAUGAUUUAAUAAUGAUAUUUUCUAAGAGUAACUACAGAUUGCUGACCACUUCCGUAUCUUAUAAUUUCACUUCGACAACAAAAGAUCCAACAGAUAAGAAUACCUCUAUAACAACAACUUCAAGGGCAAGUGACAACAAUGGGCAAGAAUCAACUAAGAUCUCGACAAUUAAGCCCUCCUUCAAAGUUGGUCUUGGGGAUCACAUUCUUCAAGAAGGAAAGGUGACGCUUGCUAACGGAUCUAUGAUUGUCAAAAAAGAAGACGUUGAGCAGUACAUGACGAGUUCUGCUAAUGCUUGCAAUGUUGAUUUUGAUGACGAGGGGAAUAUCGUUCUCCAUUACACAAAUCUAGAGGCGACAAAGGAUAAAGGGUGUACAAUGGAUCUUCUAACCAAUAAGGGGCACGAGAUUGUUUUCUGGACUGGUGUGCAUAAUCUAGGAGGGCUUGAUGCUUGUCUGAACGGGAGUGACAUAAAUUCAAACGUACUGCCUUUUGCCUACAGUCUGACAAAUGAGGAAGCCAAGAAAUUCCACAAUGGCCCGAUUUUCGCUGAUGGUCUCUGCCGAUGUGCUGAGGGAUGUGUCGAAAAGACAGGGCUAGAAGUUAGAUGGGCAUAUGAUAAAAUUGUAGGCAAAGAAAAUGUUGUGCUUUAUGCAAAUCCAAUUGGCACGAAAUUGGUUUACUAUAUUCGUAGAGAAUGGAACUUGAACAGCACAUUUGUGUAUUUUAAUCAAACACACAUCAAACAAACAGUUCCUCAAUUUCACAUCGAAUCUUUAAAGGAAUACAAUGACAGAAAUCCUCAACCAUCUAACUGCAUCAAAAAUCUCAAAGAAAACAUUCUCUCGCCUUCAACCUGGGAAAUUGUUGGUACGAGUCCAGAGCCUAAAAUGAAUCGUUUGUUGGUUUUUCAUCUUCUUCCACAAAAGGCAUCGCGGAAGUGGAUGUUGAUGAAAAAUAAUCAUACUGGAUUACAGGAAUAUGUUGUGAGAAAAGAACACCCAGAAGGUCCAAAAUGUGAUGAUUUGAGGAUUAUAUUUUCUAGAGAUAACUACAAAUUGUUGACUACUCCAACACCUGGCACUUCAACACUGAAAGCAACUCAAGGGGAAAGAAAGACUACAAUUAAUAAAGAAAAUAUAUCCACAUCAACUUCUAGUAUUAAUGAUAGAACAGACUCAUCGUCCAAGAAGGCACCAGAAAUAACUGAAACUUUGACAGCUGUAUUCUCUUUAACAACUACAAUUACAAAAGCUACAACAACAAUAACUACUAUCACCCAAGGCUCUUCAGGCUUUCCGUUUUUUGUGAUUAUUGUUGUUAUCCUGGCUGUUAUUGGGAUUGGAAUUGCUGUCUACUUCUUUGCCUUUAAUAAGGGCUCUGACACGGAGGAGAAAGAUGUUGAGGCAAGUGAUGUGACUAAAAGAGAAGUUAAAGGAGAGGAUCAAAAGGAGGAAGAUAUCAUAGGAGAAAAGAAUGAUAAUGACAAAGAAGAAGUUCAAAAGAAGGAAGAUGAAAAAGUAAAAGAGAACAAGGAUGAUGUCAAAGGAGAUGAUCAAAAAAAGGAACAUGUCACAGAAGAAGGAAAAAAUGAAGAUGUCAAAAAAGAUGAACAAAAGAAGGAACAUGUCGAAAGAGAAAAUCAAAAGAAGGAAGAUGCUGAAGUAGAAGCAAAGAAAAAAGAUGUCAAAGGAGAAGAACAAAUGAAGGAAAAUGUCAAGGAAGAAAGUCAAAAGAAGGAAUUUAGUGAAGUAGAAGAAAAGAAGGAAGAUCUCAAGGAAAAUAAUCAAAGGAAGGAUGAAGACGGCGAUAAUAAAGCAAAAGAGAAGAUAGAGGCGACUGAAAAGUCAGUGGAGGAUUCUGCAACAACAACUGAAGGAGAAACCAAAGAAGAACAGUCAAAAACUGAAGAUACUGAAGAUAUAAAUGAAGAAGAAGAGAAGGAAGAUGAAACUCAAGAAGAUGAGUCUUAG